GUUUUUCAAGAAAGAAAGAUUUUCUGUCUCUACUCUCUCCCACUCUCUCUCAAAAUUCUCCCCUUCAAUUCCACUCUGUACUGACAACAAUGGCGGCGUCAGCUUCGUCUCAGAGAUCAGCCGGACCAGUGCUUCGAUCUCUCUCUCCUUCUGCUAGAUUCUGCUCUUCGCGUACCGGUGCGCCGUCGUUUUGUUCUUCGAGUUCAAACUUCUCUUCUCGAUCCAGCACCUUCUUCCACAGAUCUGCUUCUCCUACUCGUGUGAAUAUGUGUGGCCCCGUUUCAUCAGCACCGUCCGUACACUUCUCUCAGGAUCGUCCGAUUUCACCGAACCGGCCGAUCUCUGUCUCGCCUCAUACUCAAGUGAUGAAAAAGCCAAGCAACAACCAGACGGUGUCGUUUCGGAAGAGGACUAGCUGUAUGUGUUCGCCGACGACGCAUCCAGGCUCUUUCCGGUGUGGUUUGCAUAAGAAUUUGGGGAAAAGUCAGACGGUGUCUUAUCAUUCAAAUCGGUUGAAUGCGCGGAGGUCGACGAUGACUAACUCGCUAGUGAGAAUUGGUACCGUUGAAGGCGAUUUGGUGAAGAGAGCUUUGGCGGCGUCGAUUCGGCCUUCGUCGCAUCAGCAAAGGCGGCGAGCCUCCUUCCAGCUGCAGCCUAGUCGCCUUUCGGUCAUGUCGAAAGCCGAAGAAUUGUGAUGAUCAAUGAAUUCGUACUUUUCCGGCAACGGUGACGUAAUAUGGCGGGGCAAAGCGAGGUUGAUGACGUUGGAUUUCGGACAAUCAGCGGAGGUCCAAACGGAAAUGAUUUUUGUGUACUCCGGUGACCGAAACCCUAAAUACCUUAAUUACAGGACCUUUUCUGUAGAUACACAUUUAUAAAUAACAAAACCAUUAAAGGCUA